AUGGGCGACACUCAGGCGUCGAAAGAAGUGUUCGUUGGGGCUAUUGAUCAAGGAACAACGAGCAGUCGAUUCCUCAUCUUCAACAAAAGCGGCGAGCCCGUGGCAUCGCAUCAGAUUGAGUUCAAGCAAUACUAUCCUCAACCAGGAUGGCAUGAACAUGAUCCGUUGGAGAUUAUCUCCUCAGUGGAGCAAUGCAUUGAUGGGGCUGUCAAAGACCUGGAGAACCAAGGUCAUGCAGGUAGCAGUAUCAAAGCCGUUGGCAUCACGAAUCAGCGUGAGACAACAGUGGUCUGGAAUCACGAAACAGGAGAGCCAUUGUACAAUGCCAUUGUCUGGACAGAUACCCGCACCCAAGCGCUAAUCCGUAAACUCAAGCGACGCUUGGGUGCCGAUCAACUCCCAGGUCUGUCCGGCUUACCGUUGUCGACUUAUCCCUCGGUGGGUAAAUUACUGUGGCUCCUGGAAAAUGAGCCCAAGGUGAAGGAGGCUUACGAAAAGGGGAUCCUUGCCUUCGGUACCAUUGACGCAUGGCUAGUGUACAAGCUCAACGGUGGACCCAAGAAGAAUGUCUUUGUGUCAGAUCCGACCAAUGCAUCGAGGACCCUGUUCAUGAAUCUGAAGACCCUGAAUUACGAUGAAUCACUUAUCGACUUCUUCAGGCUCGAUUCAACCAAGAUCCACUUGCCCAAGAUAACUCGCUCGUCCGAUCCCGAGGCAUAUGGACGACUUGAAUCCAGUGUUCUGAAGGGAACUCCAAUCACCGGCUGCUUGGGUGAUCAAUCAGCAGCGUUGGUCGGCCAAAAGGGGUUCACUCCUGGGUUGGCCAAAAAUACAUAUGGCACCGGUUGUUUCCUUUUAUACAAUGUUGGCGAUCAACCUGUGUUCUCAAAUCACGGCUUACUCGGUACUGUUGCCUAUGACUUUGGUGAGGGGAACCGGGCAUAUGCUCUCGAAGGCAGUAUAGCCGUCGCUGGUUCAAGUGUUAAAUUUCUAGUCGACAACCUCGGGUUCGUUGAAUCGUCCAGCAAGAUCAGCCAGUUGGCAUCCGAGGUUGAAGAUAAUGGCGGGCUGGUCUUUGUCACUGCCUUCAGUGGAUUGUUUGCCCCAUAUUGGAUAGAUGAUGCCAGAGGCACCCUCUAUGGCAUCACGGCUUACACCAAACGGGGGCAUAUUGCUCGAGCAACCCUUGAAGCGACCUGUUUCCAAACCAAGGCGAUUCUCAGUGCCAUGGAGAAAGAUUCUGGCAAGAAGCUGGCAGAACUGGCGGUUGAUGGCGGUAUGAGCAAUUCAGAUUUGACGAUGCAGACCCAAGCGGACUUGAUUCAAAUACCAGUACUCCGGCCUCAAAUGCGCGAGACCACGGCAUUAGGCGCAGCGAUCGCAGCUGGUCUUGCCGUGGGAGUUUGGCAAAGUGUGGAUGAGCUCAAAGAUGUCAAUGUCGAAGGCCGAACAGUCUUCUCGCCCAAGUUGGAAGAGUCCAAGAGUAAAGAAAUGUUUGGCAAGUGGGAGAAAGCGGUGCAGAUGUCCAAGGGGUGGGCAUCGUGA